UCCGAAGUGGUCAGAGUCCAGAAGGCCGUGAAGUCAGAGUGGACAACCAGCUUUUCCCCUGAAGCUGAAGGGCCCCCCUGAGAGGAUGAAGGUCUCCGGGGCUGCCCUCUUUCUCCUCAUUCUCAUCCUCACCACUCCUGCUUUGCACGGCCAGUCAAAAAGUCCUGAGUCGUUGAACAGUUCUCACACCUGCUGCCUGAAGUACCAUGAGAAAGUAAUUCCAAAGAAACUGGUGGUGGGAUACAGAAAGGCCCUCAACUGUUACCUGCCGGCAAUCAUCUUUGUCACCAAAAAGAACCGAGAGAUCUGCGCCAACCCCCAAAACGAAUGGGUCCAAGAGUACAUCAAGGAUCCCAAUAUACCUUUGCUGCCUCCCAGGAACUUGGCCCAGGUCAAAAGCAUUAGGCCUUAGGAAGGCCACAACAUCACAGCUCUCCAUGACCAUCAGGCCCGGUGGGAGUCUAGGUUCGGGAAAGAAAGGUGCAGCCCUGUGAAAAUGCAGGGGAGCGGGGGGGGGCGUGUGGUCUGAAUGACAGUUGCAAUCAGAGAUGCUAAUUAAAUGUAUUUCAAACAUGUUCUCAGUCUCUGGAGGAAAUGCCAAAGUUAAGGGGGACGGGGAUACAUGCAUUCUUAAUACACAGAAAUACAUAUUUCACAUCCUUUUUCCCGCUCUUUCAGUGCCUCACCGCACACCCACACACCAGCCGUCCCAGAUAAUUAUGCUCGGCUUCCAACCAGCCAGAACAUCUCUGGCCUCUGACUCAUUAAAAGCCCCACAGAAUUCUUGAC